AUGUCCGAAGGGAACAAGAAGGAUUUAAGGGAAUUUAUCGAAAAUGUAGAUGCGGCUUUUGAAUUAGUAAAGCCAGAGGAACACGAAACGUUAUUGAAGUUCGUUAAAGCAAAGAUAACCGGUGAGGCCAGGUCGAGAUUGCAGGUGCGUGAGCGCACGGGUACGUGGCAAGAGGUGAAACGCGUUUUAGAAGAAAACUAUGCGAGUAAGCGUACUAUAGACUACUACGCAUGUAAAAUUUUCCAAGCCAGACAGGGACAAGGGGAACCAAUAGCAAUGUGGGCAAGCCGAAUUGAUGAAAUGCAGAGAGAUUUUCGAGAAGCAGUAAACAGAGUUACGGCCAGAGAAAACUUGAAAGGUGCGAUAGAACUAGUUGAUUCUUUAGGAAGAGUGUGCUUUAUACAGGGCUUAAGUAAUGAUAGAAUACAAACAAUAGUGAGAAGCAGAGGUGAUGAAAUUACGUUGGCGGCAGCAGUGGAGUUGGCACUGCAGGAGGAGAGUGCGAUAUUGUCCAUGAAAGAGCUGGGACUAGCCCCGAGGGUAACGUACACUCGAAAUAAAGAAGCUGUAAAAAACGCGAGAGAAAGUAGAGUUGAAAUGUUUCAAUUGUGGGCUGAUAUCCCACAUAGCAAGCAGGUGUAG